GUAUCCUCACUCCGAGUGAUUCACCUCUUGUCAAUUGGGUCCACAGGGAUACCUCAGCAACCCGAUAUGGUCCUCCAAUAUCGUUCGUCGAAUGGUGAGCCGUAUCUGAGGCUUCCGGAGCCUCACACAAAUAUCAUCAUCACGCCGCAUCGGGCGGAGGGCAUUGAUGAAACAAGCGCAGCCUUGACACAAAUGCUCAAUGAUCCUGCCAUUGCAUUGAACUUGCAAAACACUCCGUACCCAUACACACGCUCUCAUGCAGAGGAGUGGAUCAAGGCCAACUGUGAAGAACAGCAAGACAUGCUGGCUGCCUUGCGAGAAGAGCUCGACCAGCAGAGUAUGAAUGCUUCGGCUUCCGAAGUAGGAAAUGAACACACGAUUCACAAGUCGCCAACGCGAAUGUUUGACAUCUGUCCUUUCACCUGUAUUCGAGAGGUGGUAGAAUCGGAGAAGGGCUAUGAAGGCUCCUUCAAAGAUGUUCUCAUUGGCGAAAUUCGGCUCGCUCGCUCAAGCUUCGAAGACUUCCCUAAAACUGGACCGGAAAGAGAGCAUGCCAAGAAAGUGAACGAUGAUCUAUCUGUUGGAGACCCGAGUAUCAUCUGGAGCUUCGGAGGUACGCUGCCACUUCCCGAAAGCAUGAGUGCACAAGAGCCUGCGAUCAUUAACGGAAAGGGAAUUAUGACCCUCGUUAUACAGACGAUCCUUCAUGAUUGGGCUGUACCUCGAAUGAACGUCCAUCGGCUGAGGUGCUGGGCCUUUGAAGACAACGCGGGCAGCAUUCGGGUUUUCGAAAAGAACGGUUUCGUGCGUGGACAUACCCUGAAAGAUUGGGCUUCGGUCUCGGAGAGCAGGGGCGGAGGGAAGAAGUCGAUUGUAUCAUUAGAAUGGACGAGGUAUACUUGA